CGUCACAUCUACCAUCUCAGUCGAAUUGGUUGGCUGUCGUUUCAAUCGACCUUCCAGAACGUCUAAGGGCACCACCGCACAGCCGACGGACGGACCCACACAUAGACAGAGACAGAGAGACAUGCCCCAUCCCUCCACCCAGUCCACCCCCUCAGGCCGCAUUGGCCUGCAGCUCCUCACUUUCACCUCUGGCAACUGACUGUAUACAUCACAUAGGUACAUCGCAUAAUUACAUGGCGGCACAUAAAGGAAGGAUAUAGCUACAUAUGUCACCGAUGAGAGCAGCCAGUCAGUGAUGGAUGCUCACAGGUACACGAAGGCAUCAGACAGACAGACAGACAGACAGACAGAGAGACAGACAGACAGAGAGACAGACAGACAGACAGAGAGGCAGACAGACAGACAGGCAGGCAGGCACCGAAUUACAGCAGAACGACCGACCCAGGCAGCAAGACAAGACACGAGACACGCAGACACACAGGAGCAGGCACGAACGAGGAGAGCACGUCACCACACACCUGCUGAGCUACUAAUUAGCGGCCGAAUCCAGCCCCUCUCCCAAUGUACGUAACACCUAACACCAGUCGACUAAUUCGUGAGAACUCCCGCGGCUUGCCGCUGCAUUGGCGGGCCACUCCGCCACAUCUACACCCGCACCUGAGGAGACAGCCAACGAUGGGAUGCCACACGUCUGUCUGCCUGUCUGUCUGUCUGUCUGUGUCGCUCACCCCUUCUUUGGUUGCGUUAGCGAUCCAGCGUUUGAGUGCCAGCUGCUGGCCGUACGCGGUGAUGCCCAGCCGCUCCAUGUCCCUGUGCAUCUCGUCCCUCUCCAGAUGGCCAAUGUCGACCAGGUCAAAGCCAUCAAUCACGUGCUGGACAGCAGACAGCGAUGAGUGAUGUGUGCACACGCCAGCACUCCCUCCCUCCCUCCGUCCCUCACCUGUUUCAUGAUGGGGGCGAGGUCGCGCAUCUUCUGCGAGUCGUGCAGCUGAAACACGCGGAACACGUCGUCCUCACUCAGCUGCUCGAUCCCCUUUGUUGGGCCUCCUUCGUCUCUCUCCCCCCCGCCCCCCGCCGCCGCCGCAGCAGCGGCAGCAGCCGAUGAUGCCGCCUCCUGGCCACCAGGCGAUCCUGCCGGGGCACCUGCAGGUGUGGACAUGGUAGCCAUCAUGACACAGAAAUGGCUCACCCAAGCGUCCAUCUUCGUGGUACCUGACGCGCGAGGUUUCUUGGGCUCAGGCUCCUCCUCUGCGGCCCACUCAUCUGCCUCGGCCGCCCUCUUGGCACCGCUCUGCUGCUGCUGGUGCUGCUGGUGCUGCUGGUGCUGCUGGUGCUGCUCAAUGGGUUGCGGUGGGGGUGAGGGGGAGCGGUCGACAUCGAAAACCAUUGCUGCCUCCGGUGCCCGCACACCGGCUGCCAUCAUGUGUACGUCGCCGUUGCCCUCUCCCUCUCCCUCCCCCGCGCCGCACAGUGCGGGAAACGGCGAGGCAGCCACUGGCGACUGAUGAGCAGACGACGAACCACCUGAACAAAUCGACGCCAUUCACCACACAUACGGGCACAUGUACAUAGUGAAGCAAGAGCAGAAGGGACCUUCCUCGUCGUUUCGGAGCCCACCUGAGGCCGGCUCCUCCUCUUGAGCACCAACUCCCUCGCCGGUCAUGGCCUCCUCAUUCUGCCGUCUGCGCGGCGGCCGGCCCCUCUUGGUGAUGACCUUCUUUGGUCGCCCCUUGGGCUUGGGCUUUGGCGUGGGUGCCAGGGCGGCCAUCCUCUUGCGAAGGACCUUCGUCAGGUUGAACAGUGACCACCCCUUCAAUCCCAACUUCGUCACGGCCACCCGGAUGGGCUCCGGCUCCGGCUGGCUCCCCUCACCGACAGGCAGCGGCCGCACGAUGACGUCAAAGCUCACACCUGAGUUGGCGCAGGUGUGUGGCCUGCGCUCAAAUGUCGCCCUGUCCGCCAGCCCCUCGUAGACGGGACAGUACGUUGUGGACUGCGGGUCACAUUUGGCGAGGUAGGCAGCGCGCAGGCUGGCCUCGUGGGGGUCGCUUGCCGUGUCGCUGUCUGGUGCGGGGGGCUGGUGAAGGAUGGGGAGGGCGUCCACAGCCAGGGGUGCGGGGGGCUGGUUGGGGAUGGGGUGGAGAACUGGUGCGGCGGCUUCGGCUUCGGCUUCGCCGCCCUGGCCUGCCUGGCCCGCACAACGCAGGAUAUCCCGACAGGCCUUGGCUUCCUGGAAGGCCGCAUCAACGGCCGCCUUCGUGCUGCCCUCGAUGACGAAGUUCUGCUCGCCCACGACGAACUUGACGGCCUUGCCGCUUCGGUGACGCCUGACGGUGAUGCCGACGUCUCCUUUUUCGCUGUUGGUCUCGGCGAGGGAGAGUUCCCUGAUCAUCUCCCUGGCCCAAAUGCCGGCAGCAUCGGCGGCAGCGGCAGCGGCAGCGUCGUCUGUGCGGUGAGGAUCACAGACAGCAAUUAGCCAAAUGACACAAGGUGAGACGAUGUCGGCCUGACUGACGCCGUCGUACCCUGUGCUGUGUCGCCUCCUGGCGCUGCGGGGAGGACGUGGUGUUUGAAGGGAAAGAUCGGAGCGAAGGGAAAGAUCGGCGGGACAACUCUGCUGGCCUUGGCAGAUGAUGCGGUCGACGCUGAACCAGCGGGAGAUGUCAGAUCUGCAGCCUUCUGGGACGCCAGCAUUGCUGAAACACGCAAUCACAGUGACAGAAAUAGAUGCCGGGCAAGUAGCCCCAUCUUUUGGCGUACCGAUGGCGGUGUUAGCAGCACUCGACGCGGCGCCUUUCGCUUGUCUGCUCGGCUCUGCCUGACCGCCGGAAUGGCCAGCUCGGCCGUCUCCCCAGGUAGAUUGGUUCAAAAUCGGCUCGUUUUCGCUUUUGGCGGCAGCGCUGGGCUUUGCCAUCAGCCGCAACAGGCUGCGCAUCGCUUUGUUG